UUUGAAGUUCAUUCAGUAGUUGAGUCGUGACCAGGAUGAAGGUAUUCGUAGUUCUUGCGCUUUGCUUGGCGGCAGUCAUUGCCGGUCCUGAAGAGGACAUCUGGCUGCAGUACAACCGUCGUAUGCCCGGAGCAUACUACACUUCACCACCGAUUGAGCGGGAACCGGUGAACGGUCGUAUCGUCGGAGGAGUUGACGCUGAGAUCGAAGACUUCCCCUACCAGCUGUCGCUGCGUCGUAAUGGAGCCCACAGCUGUGGAGCCUCGGUUAUCUCUGUAAACUGGGCUUUGUCUGCUGCUCACUGUACCUAUCCGCUUCCGAACUUGGCCAUCAUGAGUCUGCGAGGAGGAUCGGCCAACCGUCAUGAGGGAGGACAACUGUUUACUAUCGAUCGCAUUGAAAACCACCCUCAGUACGACGACUGGAACAUUGAAAACGACGUCAGCGUUCUGCACACCGUUCAGCAACUGGUCGGAGCUAACAUCCAUCCGAUUCAGCUGGUCCCUGCUGAAACAUACUACCCACAUGGAACUCGUGCCGUGUUGUCUGGAUGGGGUCUCACCAGCGUGCCUGGAAGUCUGCCAACCAUUCUGCAGAGUGUUGAUAUUCCAGUGAUUGAUGCUGCUACCUGCAGUGCUGGAUGGCCAGCUGGCUGGAUUACUGACGAUAUGCUGUGCGCCAGUGAGCCAGGCCGUGAUGCAUGCAAUGGAGACAGCGGUGGUCCGCUGGUCACUGGAGGUCGCCAGAUCGGUAUUGUAUCCUGGGGCUCGACCAACUGCCUCGGCAACGAGCCGGGAGUGUAUGCUCGCGUUGCUUUCCCUCGCUUGCGUCACUGGAUUACCGAAGUUACUGGAGUUCAGUUCGUGAUCAGGAUGAAGGUAUUCGUAGUGCUAGCGCUUUGCUUUGCGGCAGUUGUUGCCGGUCCCGAAGAGGACAUCUGGCUGCAGUACAACCGUCGUAUGCCCGGAGCAUACCACACCUCAAAACCGAUUGAGCGGGAGCCUGUGCGUGGUCGUAUCGUCGGAGGAGUUGACGCUGAGAUCGAGGACUUCCCCUACCAGCUGUCGCUGCGUCGUAAUGGAGCCCACAGCUGUGGAGCCUCGGUUAUCUCGUUGAACUGGGCUUUGUCUGCUGCUCACUGCACCUACCCGAUUCCGAACUUGGCCAUUGUAAGUCUAGGAGAUCAUGAAGAAAUUCAGUUGACCUGCUCUAAUGAUUUCUAGAUGAGUAUGCGAGGAGGAUCGGCCAACCGUCAUGAGGGAGGACAACUGUUUACCAUCGAUCGCAUUGAAAACCAUCCUCAGUACGAUGAUUGGAAUCUUGAAAACGACGUCAGCGUGCUGCACACCGUUCAGCAACUGGUCGGAGCUAACAUCCAUCCGAUUCAGCUGGUCCCUGCUGAAACUUACUACCCGCAUGGAACUCGUGCCGUGCUGUCUGGAUGGGGUCUCACCAGCGUGCCCGGAAGUCUGCCAACCAUUCUGCAGAGUGUUGACAUUCCAGUGAUUGAUGCUGCUACCUGCAGUGCUGGAUGGCCAGCUGGCUGGAUUACUGAUGAUAUGCUGUGCGCAAGUGAGCCAGGCCGUGACGCAUGCAACGGAGACAGCGGUGGUCCGCUGGUCACUGGAGGUCGCCAGAUCGGUAUUGUAUCCUGGGGUGCGACCAACUGCCUCGGCAAUGAGCCGGGAGUGUACGCUCGCGUUGCUCUUCCUCGUCUGCGUCACUGGAUCACCGAAGUUACCGGAGUUAACUGUAUAAAAGCUAGUCGUACGUACUCCAACGACUCAGUACGACUGGGAGUGACCAUGAAGACCAUUAUCGUUCUUGCGCUGUGCGUGGUUUCCGCAUUUGCGGGAUACGCCGAAGACCUAUGGCUGGAGAAGAACUCCAUGCGCCCGUUGGGCCUGGAGGACUUCGAGGAGCCCACUUACGAGGGCAGAAUUGUCGGUGGAAACGAAGUUCCGAUCUCGCAGUUCCCGUACCAGCUGUCUCUGCGCCAGAAUGGAAACCACAUCUGCGGUGCCUCGAUCAUUUCCAGCAACUGGGCUCUGUCCGCUGCUCACUGCACCUUCCCGAUGCCAUCGGUUGCAGCUAUUACGUUCCGCGCUGGCAGUGCGAGCCGUUUGACCGGAGGAACCAUUUUCCAGGCUGCCCAGAUCAUCAAUCACCAUGGUUACAACGCCAACAAUUUGGACAAUGAUGUGUGCGUUAUCCGUAUCACCACUUCCUUCACCGGAACCAACAUUGCUCCGAUUACGCUGGUCCCGAGCGGAACCGCUUUCGGUGCUGGAACCCGCAGCGUUGUGUCAGGUUGGGGUUUGACCCAGCAGGGCGGUUCUCUGCCAACGAAUCUGCGUGCCGUUGACAUUCCGGUCGUUGCUCAAGCAACCUGCCAGGCCCAGUGGGGAUCUGGACGUAUUCUCGCUAGCAUGGUUUGCGCCGGUGAGCCUGGCCGAGACUCGUGCAACGGAGACAGCGGUGGCCCGCUGGUCACUGGAGGACGCCAGUUCGGUAUUGUCUCGUGGGGAGCCGUCGCUUGCGGAGGUAAUCUUGCUGGUGUUUAUGCUAACGUUGGAAACGCUGGAGUUCGUAACUUCAUCAGCCAGCACACCGGUGUUUAAACGAUUUUUUGAAUAAAUAAUAAGGCAUACUUGGAAAAAGCUAUGACUAUUUUA